AAAUAAAGAAAAAAGAUGGACAGCUAGAUGAAUAAACGAAAACAGACGGAAGACAGAUUUUCGUGUUCGUCUUGAGGCGAUUAUUGCGGUGGUGGCGGACAGGAGCAUGACCCCCGGCCACAGGCCCCUGGCUCAGCUCUCAUGAAUCAUGGCAGCGAAGGCCCCCCCAGGGGCCGGGUUCCCGGCGAGGGACCCCAGGACGCCCCUGCUGCCGGCGCGCGGCCUCGGCUGCCGGGAGGCGUGGCCCUCGACGUCCUGGCCGCCGAGGAGCAGCGUCAGGGGUUCGAUUCGGGGGAACGGGUGGGGGACGGGGGGUGUCCCUCGGCGGGCGACAGCGACAUGGAGCUGGAGACCGAAGACGAGGGGUGGGGAGACAACCGGGCGGAGGAUGAGGAGGAGCUCUGGGAAGGACGAGCGGCGAAAGGAAAGGUGGCUGACGGCGUGUGUCCGCGGCGGGGCACGGAGGAGCGCGGCGCUGUGACGGCGCUCCUUGGCGCGCAGUCCGACCGGGGGCUCGGCACCGCGCUCCACCUGGGCGCCGCCGCGUGCGUGGACUGGGACUCCAGCGACUGGCACUUCUCCUCAGAGCCUGGCUUAGACCACCUUGUCCACUGCCCCCCUUGGCAGUUCCCUUACAUGAGCUACUACGCUUUGCCCCAGCAGGUGGUGCCCUUUGGAGGGACCGAACCCUGUGGUACCGCGCUGCUGAACAGGGUGUGGGAGGACGUGCCCGAAAGCCGGGAGCAGGCGGCCCCCGGGGACCCGUUCACGUUCACCGUCAUGUCCUAUAACAUCCUGGCUCAGGAGCUGCUGGAGGCCAACGCGCAGCUGUACCACCACUGCGAGCCGCACGUCCUGCACUGGGAGUUCCGCCUGCAGAACAUCUUGCGCGACUUUGACGAGUGGAGGCCUGAUAUCAUGUGCCUGCAGGAGGUCCAGGAGAACCACUUCACAGACCAUCUUCAGCCGGCACUGAGUAAACUGGGCUACAGCUGUGUGUACAAGCAACGCACCGGUGCCAAGACAGACGGCUGUGCCAUCUGCUACCGGCGGUCAUCCUUCUCCCAGGUCUCCGUCCGCCUGGUGGAAUUCUUCAGGCCCCAGAUAGAAGUUCUGAACCGGCACAAUGUGGGUGUGGUGCUGCUCCUCCAGCCCGUGGGCCCUUCGGGGUCAGAGGCCAUGGCGCAGGGGCCGCCCCUCUGCGUUGCCACUACACACCUGCUGUUCAACCCCAGGAGGGGCGACGUGAAGCUGGCCCAGCUGGCUGUGCUGUUGGCAGAGAUCGACGAUGCAGUGAAGCCGUGGAAGUCAAAAGGCAUGCAUUGUCCCAUCGUCCUCUGCGGCGACUUUAAUGCAGUUCCCAACAUGCCCCUGUACCAGCUCAUUACCACCGGGCAACUGUACUACCACGGGAUGCCAGCCUGGAUGAUUUCUGGGCAAGAGGACUUGUCUUACAGAGCUCAUCACCAAAUGCUGUUCGCCCCCUUGUUGCCAGGCGACCUGGGCAUCACUCGCAGCUGCCAGUAUGUGGCUGGGCACAAGGGGGCGACACAGAGCAAGGAAUCGGGUGGUGUGGAGCAUGGCUCCAGGAGUGCUGGGAGACUCCAGUACAGCCACGAAUUCCUCGAGCAGUUUCGCUUCUGUGAGGCUGCACGUGUCCGUCCCCAGGACCUGGAAACGAUUCCAGGGGUGACGGAUGCCACGCCAGAUCAAGGCCAGUGGAAGCCAAACGUGCACAGGUUCAGUAACACACUUUGCCAUGAGCUGAACUUGCGCUCAGCCUACAGCCACUACAUGAGCGGCACGGGUCACCCCGAAGUCACUACGAUGCACUCAGAUUUUGGUACCACAGUCGACUACAUCUUCUAUUCCUCUGGCCCUGGUAGACACAUGGACCACCGGGGGGGCAAGCUCAAGCAGGAUGUGUGCCUGAAGCUCACAGGUCGCCUUUCGCUCCUGUCGGAGGAGAACCUGUGGCUGACGAAAGGACUGCCCAAUGAUGUCUUGUCGUCGGACCACCUUUUCCUCUUGGCCAGGUUCCAACUGGGACACAGCUCUGUGUAAGGGCUUCCUGGCUGUGAGGCUUUCUGGAGGUCAGCAAGCGAGGGAACUUUCUUUCAAAUACGUCUUCCAGUUCAAAUACAGUCUGGCUGCAGUUCAGUUUCCCCAGUUUAAUAUUCAGGCUUGGAAAAUGACAGAAAUUCCACAAUUUAUAUACAUUGGCAAUAAUAAAAACUAAGUGGCUGUUUAUGUAUUUUAUGUAAAACGUCAGAUACGGAAAGUUCAGGUGAAUUUAGAUAUUCAGCAUCAUGGUAUUGGUGAUUUGUUUUUCCUCAUUUUAGAAGCAUAAGAAAUCAGUGUUGGGUGGCCUUUUAGAUUUUUUUUUUUUUUUUUUGCAUGUGUCAGAAUUUGAGCUUAGAAAUCCUGUGGAAAUGAGAUUUUGUUUUCACAUUCAUUGGGAUCAUAGAUGGUUUUAAGGCAGGAUGUGUAGAUGCCAGUUUUACACUUCAUCUGGGAGAAUGUUUGUUGAUUGAUUAGAGGUGCAGGUCGAAGGUCUUGAAAAUUAACCCUUGGGAGUGUCUGGAUCACUACUCCUUAAAUUGGACAGUUUCUGAGAACUCAUGCACAUCUGGGUGAUCUGUAAUGGGAAGGAGAAACCGCUUCCUUCACUCAAGACGUGAGCAAAGAACCUGAAAUGGCAAUGCAUCUACUUGUAUUUCCACUAAGUACCAGUAUGGGUGUCAGUAUAUUUAAUUUGGUUAUGAUUUAUUGCUGUUUGAUUUUGCUUUUCUCCAUCUUUUAUUUGUAUUAUGCAGAUGUUUUGAAAUAUUUUUGUAUUAAACAUGACAGUGGAGUCCAUUGCUUUUAAAAGCAUCUUCCCGUAACCUGGUUUUUGCCCAGACUGUCCAGCAGAAAUGAUCUUUUAGCCAGGGAUGGCACCAAACACUGUUGUUGGAUCAUCAUUUGGACUCCUGUAAGCUCACACUGAAGUCAGAACCUU